ACAAGGUUUGGGGAUUACCAGUAAGCUUCAAUGGGAAAAUUGAAGGAAAAUUGAAGGCAGGAAGAGAUCGUCUCGCCGGUGUCCUUUUCUGCCGCCAUGCUGUUGCUCUAGAAAGAGAAAACACAUAUAUAUAACCGUCAUAUAGGCGCUACUCUCCUACUAACCAUGGCCGGACCUUCAAUCAUGGACUCACUAUUCCAGCGCAGCCUGGAUGAUCUUAUCAAGGGUCUCCGGCUCCACGUCGCAGGCGGUGUGCCGGCCUUCAUAUCCAAAGCCCUAGACGAGAUCCGCCGGGAGAUCAAGUCUACUGACCUACAGAUGAAAGCCACUGCUCUUCAAAAAUUGACUUAUCUUCGCUCCCUUCACGGCAUCGACGAUUCAUGGGCUGCCUUCCACGCCGUCGAAGUUGCCGCCUCGCCUCGAUUUCAUCACAAGAGGAUCGGUUACCUUGCUGCUUCCCAGUCAUUCCACGCUGCUACUGACGUCGCGCUUCUUCUCACCAAUCAGAUUCGAAAGGAUCUCGGUUCUGCCAACGAAUUUGAAGUAAGCCUCGCCCUUGAAUGCCUCUCUGUUAUCUGUACGCCUGAUUUAGCUCGCGAUUUGACGCCAGACAUCUUCACAUUGCUUUCCAGUUCCAAAACUCUUGUUCGAAAAAAAGCCAUUUCAACCGUUUUUAGGGUUUUCAUCGAGUAUCCUGAUGCUGUUAGGGUUUGUUUUAAGCGAUUAGUUGAUAAUUUGGAAAGCUCUGAUGUUCAAACGGUUUCAACUGUGAUUGGCGUGUUCUGUGAGCUAGCUUCAAGGGAUCCAAGAUCCUACCUUCCUAUGGCACCGGAAUUUUAUAAGAUAUUAGUUGAUUGUAAGAACAAUUGGGUGUUGAUUAAAGUGCUGAAAAUAUUUGGAAAUCUGGCUCCACUAGAACCUAGAUUGGCUAAUCGAAUUGUUGAACCCAUUUGCGAGCAUAUGAAGAGGACUGGAGCGAAGUCACUACUGUUUGAGUGUAUUAAAACUGUAGUGACGUGCUUAAGUGAUCACGAAUCAGCAGUUGCACUUGCAGUUUCGAAGAUUAAGGAGUUUCUGGUUGAUGAUGAUCCAAAUCUUAAGUAUUUGGGACUUCAAGCAUUAGCAGUUGCCGCACCAAGACAUUUGUGGGCUGUGGAAGAGCACAAAGACGUUAUGAUUAAAUCUUUGAGUGACGAAGAUCCCAAUAUUAAGAUAGAAGCUUUACGCCUUGUAAUGGCAAUGGUAUCUGAGGAUAACGUGGUUGAUAUUUCAAAGGUAUUGAUUAGUUACGCACUUAAAUCAGAUCCAGAUUUCAGCAAUUUAAUUCUAGGAUCAAUUCUGUCCACCUGUGGAAGAAACUAUUACGAGAUUGUUAAUGACUUCGAUUGGUACGUCUCUCUUCUUGGAGAAAUGGCAAGAAUUCCUCACUGCCAAAAGGGUGAAGAGAUUGAGAGCCAAUUGAUUGAUAUUGGUAUGAGGGUGAAGGAUGUUAGACCAGAGCUACUAAGGGUUGGUCGUGAUCUAUUAAUUGAUCCCGCUUUGCUUGGCAAUACCUUCUUACACAGUAUAUUGUCUGCAGCCGCUUGGAUUUCAGGUGAAUAUGUUGAAUUCUCAAGAAAUCCAAUGGAGCUCUUGGAAGCAUUGUUACAACCACGGACAAAUUUGUUGCCACCAUCAACUAGGUCUGUUUAUAUCCAGUCAGUGUUUAAAGUAUUAACCUUUUGCUUGCAUUUUGAAUCAAAAACAAUAGAAACCGAUGUUCUUUCUAAUUCUGAGGUUAAUGAAGAGAUCAACACUAGGGUUUCUAUUCUCAGCAUGAUAAACUGUGUUAAAUCUGGUUUGGUCCCACUAAUGGGAACCCAUGAUGUGGAAGUUCAAGAGAGAGCUCGUAAUGUUCUAGGGUUUGUUGAUUUGGUAGAAGAAGAACUCGAAACUAGUGAAGUUCUGAUGUUACUGCACGAUGCUUUCAGUGAGGAGCUUGGUCCGAUUUCUUUAAAUACCCAACUAAACGUAUAUGUUCCUGAUGGAAUUACUCUAAAGGAAAACCUGCAAGACUUGGAUUCUAUCUAUGGUGAUAUUAGUUCAUUUUCAAUUGGAAAACCUUUAUCAAGUGAAAUGAAUAGCCAUAAUAAUAAUAGCAUAAGUGAAUCGGAACCUUCUACAGAGUCCACUUCUCUGCUUGCUGAACAUAGGAAGAAGCAUGGACUGUUUUAUCUAGCACAGGAGAAAAAUGAUACGGCUUCCACUGAUUAUCCGCCAGCCAAUGAAUCGAAAUUGGUAGAUGAUAGAGAAGAUCUGAUGAAGCUUGCUACUCAAUCUCUCGGCCAGAAGAGAAAGCCAAUCCAGGUUAAGCCUAGGCCUUUUGUGGUGAAACUAGAUGGAGAUGAAACUGCGACUGUUGCUAGUAGCGAAAGAGGCGAGGCCAAAAAUGAUCUUGUCUCUGAUGCAGUACGAGAUGUUCUUUUGGGCCAUGAAGCCUCAAGCACUUCUUCGAGAGGUCAGAUGUCUAUAAAAAGCAAGAACCGAUCUCAUGGUAAAGAAAGACAACAGAAAAAAGGGGAAGAAAGUACGAACGUGAAUGGCAGACGAAAGAAUAGGAAUAAAACUCGGAAAAAAGCAGAUGGGAGUGUUAGCGUAGCUGCACAGACAGGGGUAAUACCGGAUUUUUUGUUAUAGGAUUUAUCGUUGAUUAUGGAAACUUGAUGGGAUCUUGUAUUUGCUUCGAAACCAAGGUCAGUUCUUCUGUGAACUUGAGAUGCAGUUGUCUUCCUUAAUUUUUUUUACCAUUUUGAUUGUCUUGGCUGGUCUGGUCUGGGAAGGCUAUUCCAUUAUAAUUUGUGAGAUUCAUUUGGAGACUAAAUAUAACUUCAAAUCAUAGUGUUUUUUUUACAUGUAUGGUAUAAAAAGAUAAGCUUAGUGAAUUUGUUGUGCUUUUCUAUGAAGUCUCCACCAAUGCUUGUAAUUGCUUCUUUUGGAAACUUGAUUUCUGUCACAUUUCUUGUUUUAUUUAA